UACUUUCAUGUUUUAGAUUUCAACAUGUCCUUGAGUGCAGUCCACUCCACACUGUCUAGUCUGAAAACAUGUCAGACAGAUAUUGGAACGGGGAUGGACAUUGUGACCGACGUUGCUCUGGACGUGGCAGAAACAGCAGGAACUGAGAAUGAUGCAGUCCUGAAGAAGCUGGAGGUGAUGAUGCUGGAGUGUGCCAAACUGGACCAGGAGAUCAACUGCUUCGUUGAGGUGGUGAACUGUGUCACUGCAGAGGUGAGGAACCAGGAGCCCGAGGCCAUGUUCAGACUGAAGUCCCUGGUGAAGGAGAAGUUCACUGAGACACACGGCAGUCUGUCUGAGGGAGAGCUGCAGAACCACGUCAAGCUGGUCAGCUUUAAGGAGAACGUCAGAAACGCACUCAAAACAGUGAACCCUGAGGCAGCAGAGAAUAUGGAGGAGGAGAUGGAUGAGGACGUUGCUGUGACGCAGAGUGAGGUUAACUUCACCUGUCCCCUGACUCAGGUUAAAACAUUAGAUUCAUUAGCAUAUUCCUUUUCUCCGUCCCACAGCUGUCCGGUGGUUGGCUGUGGCAACACGGACGUGAAGCAGGGAGACCUGAUCCUAGAUCAGAUUAUGAAGAGACAGAUCCAGAAGAGGUAGACUACCCAGGCACUAUUCUGGGGUACGCCAACUCAUCAAGCCUGACAAUAAUAAUUAGACUUUUAUUUAAUUGAGGAAAAAACAUUACUUUUUGUUGUGACCAAAUGUUAUCUUGCUGCUGUGUCUGAUCGUAUUUGUUCAUCACAGAAUUGCACUAUUCUGAAGUUUUAUAUAACAAAACCUCUCUUUAUUUAUACAUAAGGGAUUCAUAUUUUUUAGUCAGUUCAAUAAAGGUUUAUUGGGGGGGGGUGGCUUAGUGAUUACAGCAUUGGGCCAGUAACUGAAAGGUUGCUAGAUCGAAUCCCUAAGCUGACAAGGUAAAAGAAAAUCUGUCAUUCUGCCCCUGAAUAAGGCAGUUAACCCACUUUUUUCCCUGGUAGGUCGUAUUUGUAAAUAAUAAUUUGUUCUUAACUGACUUGCCUAGUUAAAUAAAAAAAACAUUUUAAAAAUAUCUAUGCCUUUGGUGUUGAGAACCUGCAGUUACUGUAAUAGGCCACAGGGGGC